GUGCCGGGCAGUGCGCAGGCGCGGCCGCAUGGACCGGGUGGCGGUUGCGAAGCUCGGGGCGGCGGCCGGCGCCGGGGUCUGCGCCGUGUUCGGGGGCGCCGUGUUGGCCCAGUACAUCUUCACCAUGAAGAAGAAAGCCGGCCGCAAGACCAAGAUCAUCGAGAUGAUGCCAGAGUUCCAGAAAAAAUCUGUCCAUAUUAAGGACCCUGAGAGAGUAGAAGAGAUCAUCUGUGGUCUCAUCAAAGGAGGAGCUUCUAAACUUCAAAUAAUCACUGAUUUUGAUAUGACAUUAAGCAAAUUCUCUCACAAUGGAAAAAGGUGCCCAACUUGUCAUAACCUCAUUGACAACUGCAAGUUAAUCACAGAGGAGUGCAGAAAAAAGUUGUUCCAAAUUAGGGAUAAAUACUAUCCUAUUGAAAUCGAUCCUGCCCUUACUACUGAGGAAAAGUACCCUUUCAUGGUUGAAUGGUGGACAAAAGGCCACAAUUUGCUAAUCGAACAAGGUAUUCAAAAAGAGGAACUGGCUGACGUUGUAAGAGAAUCUGAUGUCAUGCUGAGAGAUGGUUAUGAUCUGUUCUUGGAUAAAUUGAAUGAACACAACGUCCCAGUGUUCAUAUUCUCAGCUGGCAUUGGCGAUGUACUCAAGGAGAUUAUGACACAGGCUGGAGUCUUCUACUCUAAUUUAAAAGUCGUCUCCAACUUCAUGGACUUUGAUGAAACUGGUGUUCUGAAAGGUUUUAAAGGUGAGCUCAUCCAUGUUUAUAAUAAACAUGAUGGUGCCCUGAGAAACACUGAGUACUUCAACCACCUGAAGGAGAAUUGCAACGUCAUUCUUCUUGGAGAUUCACUUGGAGACUUGAGUAUGGCAGAUGGCGUCCAGAAUAUUGAAAGCAUUCUCAAGAUUGGAUUCUUGAAUGACAAAGUGGAAGAAAGUUUAGAUACGUACAUGAACUCUUAUGACAUUGUCCUUGUAAGAGAAGGUACAUUGGAUCUGCCCAAUGCUAUUCUUCAGAAGAUUCUGUAAUGUGAAGACUAAAGGUGCUCACCCAUGACUGGAGCUUCAAUUCAGCGGCUACUCUAUAUUCUUAAAGGAAAUCUUAUGUUUUAAAAAAAAUCCAACCUUUUUACUGAAUGUAUUGCUCACUCGUAAAUUAAAAAAUGGAUGUGCUCUGGGACAUUUUUUCACUAAAGUAGGCAAAGGUAGAUGGUUUGCACAAUGAAUAAGCAGAAUUUUACCUGUCCAGUAUUUUAACCUGUCCUUUUUAACACAAUCAGGACUGUAAAGCCAAAGGCCUGCUUCACAGAUUUACACAACUAAAUUUAAUUAAAUGUUAUAGUUUAAAAUCUUUUGAGUUUUAAAAAAUGUCUGUGGUGUUUAAUGUGAUUCCAAGAUUAUUGUAAACCUGAUUUGCUGAGUGCCUCUAAUCAGCUGUUAGGAACAAGUAAAUCACAAGUUGUCAUGUCUAAGGGGUGAGCAUUCAGAGUUCUCCAUUUAAGUGUUUCAAAAGCUUAAUCAGCUGUAGAUAGUUCUGAGUGAAUGUGAGUUACCUUUGAUAAUGUACUUCAAAGAAAAAGUUGUAAAAAGCUGAAAUUCCUGUAGUUUUUUAUGUACAGUAUUUCUCACAUGUCCACUGCUUAUUUCUUUGAUAUUUGUUUUAAAUAUUGAACAUUGUUGGUUUCUAUUGCUUUAAGAGAAGUCAUUUUUAUGUUUCAAUGCAUCAAUACAGCCCUCUGCUCAAAUAACCUGAACUAUAAUUAUCAGGGUGGACAUUCAAACAAGAAUUUGUCCAAUCGUUAUCAAAACUUACUGUUGAAUUACAGAAUGUAUCAAUUGUCAGGGGAAAGGAUGUAUAGCCAUUCAAUUAAAACACUGAAAGCUAUUAAUUCUUGAUGAAAUAUAUGUGGUGCAAUAUUGAUGAUGAACCUGUUAGCCUGUCUUUGCAAGCCAAAGCACAGCUGAUAAGGUGAACAAGUAACGGGAAGCUUGCCAAUGUUUGUAAUAGUAAGAUGUGCAGUUUAAGCUAGCUAAAGUCUGUCAGUAUCCAAAUGCACCCUGGCUGUCAAAGUGUAUCGCUAUUCUCUGGGAUUAGGUAAACCAGGUAUAUCUAUAUAAAAAAAACUGCAAACCAAACUAAGUGGAAUUCUCAAUACGUUGAUUGAAGACUUGGUUUUCAUGGGGCUGGGUUUCCACUCCAAUGAAAAAUUUAUGUCAAAAAAUAUUGACCUGAGAAACGAUAUACAAUUGAACAUGUUUGAUCAAAUUUGAUGCUUCAAUGCUUCCAAUAGUUCUGGCUAUUUUUGUCAAUUAUCGUAUUCUGAAAAGGUGUGCAAUAAUGUAGAUAUACCUAUUGUUGAUUAAACUUAGCCAUUUCA